GCCGCUGGGCGCUUCCCGCCUCCCUCAGGCCCCGGCGCGGGGGGCCGCGGCCCGGCGCUCCCACAGCCCCGCGGCCAGGCCGGGGCCCUCCUGGUGCCCCCGCUUCCUAGAGACGCGGUGGCAGCGUGCGUGAGGGAGAGGACGCAGCGGCAGGCCUUGUUUGUGUCCCUGCCGGCGUCCGCUGCGCGGAGGUGCUUCCCCCGGAGACCGGCCGAGCCGUGACCCGGGGCUGUUAGCGCUGCUCGGGUGCGCGGUGGCCUGAGGGGAGCCCCGCGCCUGGGGAGCUGGGCGGCAGUUUCCUCCCGCUUGUGCGCAGCCUUCCCUGAGAGCUUAAAGCCCGGGUGUUUUGUUUCAGACUUGGGUUUCCUUUAGGACACGCAGAGCACCUCAGCGAGGAUCGGGGCCCACGGGGAUGAGGGCGCUUCGUGGUGUGGCAGCCUUCACUGACAGAGUCGGUGUUUGCAGGCCCACCAUUCUAAUUCUGAUCACCCCGGGAGGUCUGGGCUCACCCGGCUUCGUGUGACAGUGAAAUGAAGUUGGGGCUCUUGUUUUUGACAUUGGCUCGUAUACAGUGAGAGCAGGCUAUGCGGGCGAGGACUGUCCAAAGGUUGAUUUUCCAACAGCCAUUGGUGUGGUGCUAGAAAGGGACAAUGGCAGCACUUUGAUGGAGAUAGAUGGUGACAAAGGCAAACAAGGGGGGCCGACUUACUACAUAGACACCAAUGCCCUGAGAGUUCCAAGGGAAAAUAUGGAGGCCAUUUCACCUUUAAAAAAUGGAAUGAUUGAAGACUGGGAUAGUUUCCAGGCAAUUUUGGAUCACACUUACAAGAUGCAUAUUAAAUCUGAAGCAAGUUUGCAUCCUGUCCUUAUGUCCGAAGCACCGUGGAAUACUAGAGCAAAGCGUGAAAAACUGACUGAAUUGAUGUUUGAACACUACAACAUCCCUGCUUUUUUCUUGUGUAAAACCGCUGUUCUAACAGCCUUUGCUAAUGGGAGAUCUACAGGUCUCAUUUUGGAUAGUGGAGCAACACACACAACUGCUAUUCCAGUGCAUGAUGGAUAUGUACUUCAGCAAGGUAUUGUAAAAUCACCACUUGCAGGAGACUUUAUUACUAUGCAGUGCCGGGAGUUGUUUCAGGAAAUGAACAUAGAGAUAAUUCCUCCAUAUAUGAUUGCUUCAAAGGAGGCAGUUCGUGAGGGGUCACCAGCAAAUUGGAAGAGAAAAGAGAAGUUACCCCAGGUCACUAGGUCUUGGCACAACUACAUGUGUAAUUGUGUCAUUCAGGAUUUCCAAGCUUCUGUCCUCCAAGUAUCAGAUUCAACCUAUGAUGAACAGGUAGCAGCACAGAUGCCAACGGUUCAUUAUGAGUUCCCCAACGGCUACAACUGUGACUUUGGUGCUGAGCGUCUAAAAAUUCCUGAGGGAUUGUUUGACCCUUCAAAUGUAAAGGGUUUAUCUGGUAACACGAUGUUGGGUGUGAGCCAUGUUGUCACAACAAGCGUUGGAAUGUGUGAUAUAGACAUCAGGCCGGGCCUCUAUGGCAGCGUGAUCGUUGCAGGAGGAAACACACUAAUACAGAGUUUCACAGACAGAUUGAAUAGAGAGCUGUCUCAGAAAACUCCACCGAGCAUGCGCCUGAAGUUGAUAGCGAACAACACGACAGUGGAGCGGAGGUUCAGCUCGUGGAUAGGUGGUUCCAUUUUGGCUUCUUUGGGUACUUUUCAACAGAUGUGGAUUUCUAAACAAGAAUAUGAAGAAGGAGGGAAACAGUGUGUAGAAAGAAAAUGUCCUUAAACCUCUUACUGUGAAAACUGCUGCCUGCUCAGUGCUCCUUCUGUUUUAUAGCUUUAGCAUACUCAGGAAUGGGAUGGACUCUUUUUUUUGUAGAAAGUUUAUAUUGGAUUUUUUGCAUAAUUCAAGUUCCAUUUUAACAAAGCUUAGAAAUUUUGAGAGAUUAAUUGGUAUAGCACCAAUAGAAAAAGGAUGUUUACAUCCUUUGUAAAGCAAUAAUUCAUGUAACAAGCAUUUUAUAAUUUUGUAUAAAUGUCUAUUUUCUCUAGUAUCUUUUCCUGGGAACAGCUUUACACGUUGACUAAUAGAGGCAUAACCCUGAAAAUGCCUGUGCAAAUUUAUUAAACAAUCUCUUGUCUACUUUCACAUACUAGUCUUCCUUGCUGGUACUUUGGCCUUAAACUGCUCUUAUUUCUCUCUUUAAAAAUAAAUGUUGGUCUUUUAUAUUUGA